UGAAAUUUUGUGUGUCGUCAAAAAUUUAUCUUUUUAUGUAAAUAUUGAAAUAAAUCACCAAAAAUCUACUUUUUGCAGUAAAAAAUAAACGAAAAGUUAUGGCUCACAUGAAUGCAGGACAACCAGGAUAUCAGGUCCUAAAGCCAUCGAAUAACAAGCCAGCACGACCAUUUAUGUAUAAUAACAACAACAAUACUCGCCAGAAGCCUCUCAGGCCCCGUCCUAACUUCAAUAAAAACGUUCCGAUGCCUCCGAAUUGCUUGCAAGAGAUGAAUUUGCCGCAUCAUCCGCCGCAUCAACAAGUACUUCAUAUGGCGCCGCCAAUGGAAAUGUUACCGCAGCAACCUCAACAGUAUCAAACGACGAAGCGAGAUUACACCGAUGGCAAAAUGUUCAUGGGAAUGUUCCUGAAAAAUCCACAACAAACAUCACAACCGCCGCCGAUGACAACAAUGCCUCCAAUUCCUCUUACGACGACUGUAAAUCCUUCCGAACAUGCUCCCGUGAAAGAAAUUAAAGCAAAAUCGAGUACUGUGGAAACGGAUAGUAAUAAGGAAAAGACUCCCAUGUGUUUGGUUAAUGAACUAAGUCGACAUAACAAGAUAACGCAUCAAUAUCGCUUGACAGGCGAAGCAGGUCCUGCCCAUAAAAAGCGUUUUACUGUCGCCUUAAAGCUUGGCGACGAAGAAUACACUGCUGAAGGUCCCAGUAUCAAGAAAGCGCAACACACAGCAGCUUCUGAAGCGAUGAAUAAGACGAAAUAUCCUCAUCCGCCGCCGAAAUUCAACAAAACUCACAAAAGCACGAAGACUUCCGAGCAUAACGUAACGCCGACAGUCGAAUUGAACUCAUUGGCGAUGAAACAAGGCAUCCAAGUCACGUAUAUGCCAUGCGAUGGGGCUCCAGAUACGGGAAAUAAGAAAACCCGCGAUAAGGAAAACACAAAUUUACGGUUUCGCACACAACCAAAUGGCACGGAAUUUGCCCAAAAGCCAUAUAACAAUCGUCGGAGAGAACAAUCGGAGCCAUCGAAGAUCAUGUUGAAGGUUGGGGAGCAAAUUUUCGAAGGAACUGGAUCGAAUCCGCAACUUGCGAGACAUAAUGCGGCUUUAAGAGCUCUUGAGGUCUUAAAACCCGCAUUACAAAAGCCUCCUGUUCCUGUUGCCCCCAAUGAUGACUCAAAUUUGAACAUUUCCGCAUCAGACGACCUCAAAUCGCCCGUUUCGCUGCUUUAUGAGAUCUCUGUGAGAAAACAAGUUCCUGUUGUGUUCGAAGUUCAGUCGGAAAAAGGUCCUCCGCACAUGAAAAUUUUCACGACAAUCUGCAAAGUUGGCGAUAUUGUCACAGAAGCUGAGGGAAAUGGCAAAAAAAUCUCGAGAAAACGUGCUGCUGAGAAAAUGUUGGCAGAAUUGAAGAAACAAGAGUCAUCGGAUGCGGCUUUGCCCGAUGUUUUCAGCAAUUCUGACAAACAAAAGAAGAAACCUCAUGCAAAUAAGAAGAAAAAUCGAAAUUUAAUCAAGGAAAAACCCGAAGAAGAGGAAGAACCAAUAAAUCCCGUUUCACAUUUACUUCAGUUGCAACAAUCGAAGAAGGAAAAGGAACCAGUUUAUACGUUAAUUGAAGAACGGGGAGCUCCUCGAAAACGAGAAUUUGUCAUGCAAGUCGAAUCUGGAGGCUUAACUGUCACGGGAAUUGGUCAAAAUAAGAAAGCAGCGAAAAAAGCAGCAGCUCAUAAUCUUUUAUUGUUAAUGGGCGUGCCCUUACCAAAUCAACCGAUAAACGCAAAGCCAGAAAAGAAAGAAAAUUCGAACAAAGAAAAAUCCGUUCAAAAAGAGAAGGAACCAGUGAACAAACAACCCGCAAAAGCAACAACCACGUCUUCCGUGGGUCCUAAACAACAAUUGAUGUACUUAGCUAAUUUAUUAGAUUUUCAGGUCGAAUUCUCAGAUUUUCCGAAAGGAACUCACGGAAAUUAUCUUACGUUGCUUACGUUAUCAACGUCGCCGCCUCAAUUGUGUCACGGUUCGGGAAGUACGCCCGAAGAAUCGAAUUCAAAUGCUGCUGCAAAAGCGCUCGAGUUACUGCGCGAUUUGGGCUUAGACAUUGUUGAAAAUAAAGAAUUACAAAAAAGUACGAAAUAAAUUAUUAUUUGA